AUAGUUUUGUUUCUGUGUGUUUUUGUUUUCCUGUCUUACACUAUACGUUAGCAUAAAUUCGCCGCAAUGGCGGCUGCUUCUGUUGAACCUGUUUCCGACGUAAACACAACAGGAAACCCAACACAAAUUACCAUGGCGUAUCUACGAGACGAGAAGACUGGAGACAUCACUAACCUCAACUUGGGAGAACUGGACCUGACCACUGAUGAGUUCAUCUUGGAUGAAGUGGACAUUCAUAUUCAGGCCAACCUAGAAGAUGAUCUUGUGAAGGAAGCGCUUAAAACGGGCGUUGACCUCCGUCAGUAUUCCAAGCAAGUGGAGGCGGAGCUGCAGAGGAUCGAACAGGCCUCCAUCAAGGACUACAUUAAGGAAAGUCAAAACAUUGCUCUUCUGCACAACCAGAUCACUGCCUGUGACUCCAUAUUGGAGCGUAUGGAAGGUAUGCUGAGUGGCUUUCAGAGCGACCUUUCCUCCAUCAGCAGCGAGAUCCAGACCCUGCAGCAGCAGUCGGUCAGUAUGAACGUCCGACUGAAGAACAGGCAGGCUGUUCGCAGCCACCUCAGCCAGCUGGUGGAUGAGCUGGUGGUGCCCGGAGUCAUGAUCUCCACCAUCCUGGAAAGUCCAGUGACGGAGCAGGAGUUUCUCGAGCAGCUUCAUGAGCUCAACACAAAGAUCAACUUUGCCAAAGAGCUGAGCUUCAGAGAGACGUUGGCCUGCUCUGACAUCCAGGACAUUAUUGACCGCCUCAAACUCAAGGCGGUCUCAAAGAUCAGAGAGUUCAUUCUUCAGAAAAUCUACUCCUUCAGGAAACCAAUGACAAACUAUCAGAUCCCACAGAACACUCUGCUGAAAUACAGAUUUUUCUAUCAGUUUCUUUUGGCUAAUGAAAGAUCCAUUGCCAAGGAGAUCAGGGAUGAGUAUGUGGACACUAUGAGCAAGAUCUACUACAGUUACUUCAAGUCCUACAGCGGCCGGCUUCUGAAAGUGCAGUAUGAGGAGGUAGCAGACAAAGACGACCUGAUGGGAGUGGAAGAUACAGCUAAGAAAGGUUUCUUCUCUAAACCGUCUUUAAAGAGCAGGAACACCAUCUUCACUGUGGGCCAGAGGGGGGCCAUACUGAGUCCUGCAGAGCUAGAAGGGCCCAUCCUGGUUCCCCAUACAGCUCAGAGAGGAGACAGCAGGUAUCCAUAUGAGACGUUGUUCCGCAGCCAGCACUAUGCCCUGUUGGACAACGGCUGCAGAGAAUACCUCUUCCUGUGUGACUUCUUCAUGGUGGCUGGAAACUCGGCCCUCGAUCUCUUCUACUGCAUAAUGGGGAAAACUCUCAGCAUGUUCCUGAAGAGCAUGUCCACCUACGUGUCAGACUGCUACGACAGCAUCGCUAUCUUUCUCUGCAUCCACAUCAUCCUCAGAUUCAGAGCCAUCACUGCCAAGAGGACCAUCCCUGCUCUGGACAAGUACUGGGAGGCUGUGCUGGAGCUGCUGUGGCCGAGGUUUGAACUCAUUCUGGAGAUGAACAUCCAGAGCAUCAGAAACACAGACCCUCAGAAACUGGGAGUUCUGGACACCAGACCACACUACAUCACUCGGCGGUAUGCAGAGUUCUCCUCUGCGAUUGUGAGCAUCAACCAAACAUUUCCUAAUGAGAGGACCAAUGCUCUGCUGGCACAGCUGCAGGUUGAGGUUGAAAACUUUGUGCUGAAAAUGGCUGCAGAAUUUCCCUCCAGGAGAGACCAACUCAUCUUCCUCAUCAACAACUACGACAUGUUGCUCAGUGUCCUGAUGGAGAGGGCAGCAGAUGAUAGUAAAGAGGUUGAAAGUUUUCAACAGCUGCUCCUUGCUAGAACACAGGAGUUCAUUGAGGAGAUUCUGUCCCCUCCUUUCGGAGGGAUGAUUGCGUUUGUGAAAGAGGCCGAGGCACUAAUGGAGAAAGGGCAGCUAGACCGACUGAAGAAUGAAGAAGCACGGAUCACUCAGCUGGUCCGAGGGUUUUCCAGCACUUGGAAGCAGUCGGUGGAGUCGAUGAGUCAAGAUGUCAUGAGGUCCUUCACUAACUUCAAAAACGGAACCAGCAUCAUACAGGGCGCUCUGACUCAACUCAUCCAAUACUACCAUGGCUUCCACAAGAUCCUAAACCAGCCGACGUUUCGCAGCCUGGCCGUCCGCUCCGAGCUCAUCAACCUCCACCAUCUCAUGGUCGAGGUGAAGAAGCACAAACCCAACUUUUAAUAAGUUGACUUGUUCAACGUGGAAGGGUCGCAGAGACGUUAAGCCACAACCUGAAAGAUGAUCCUUCUAAACUCACUUCGUCACGACUCUUUCAGACUCACUGACGUCUGAAAGCCCUCGCUCUUUUUUGUUUCUUUCCACUUCUGGAACCGGUUGCAUCACAGAUUAGAGAAGAGGUGGUUUCAUCUCUACAUCUGACUGUUCAUCAUUGAGCUUUAGGCAUAUAUCCUUGUGGUGAAACCACAGAACACACAUUAUGUAUCUGCGAACCUGAAGACUUUAACCCCAUUAUUCUCAUAUCACCAAAAUUGACAAUUGACUAUACAACUUGGGUGUGGACAUUGCGUACAUCACAGUACAAACAAAAACUGAUAUAAACAUUAACUACCAAUAUUUUGGUCAACCAGUUGCUAAAUCUAUACAUUAAAAUGAUCUUCUAAAAAGAAAAAAAAAAUAGAAAUUAUCUUCUAGAUUUAGACUACAGGUGAAAAUAACCUUAGUGUGUUUUUCCCACUAUUUGUUAAAAAAUGUGUACAAAAUAUUGGGGUGCAAUCAUGAAGCAUUGAAAAAAACUUUACUGUGACAGCAAGUGGAUAUCUUCUUAGCUGAUAUUCCCAAUUCAGUAGUUUUGUGGACAUGUGUGAAGGAAGGUGUGUUCUCUCUCAAGAAGAACCUUAAGCUUACUUUCCCGAGAUAGAGAAAACACUUACAUUCAUUCGUCAUUUAUAACACUGCACUAAGUACAGAGAGGUUCUUGCAUAUUGCUUGAAAAACUGAUCUAAGUGACGCUGACCCUAAAAUUAGGUCCACUUUUCUUCAUGUAAACGAACCUCAUUUUUACACUGAAAAUAAAAGUCAAAGAGCAUUUCUCAACACUGCGGGCUGACUUCAUAUCUGUGUUUAUCGGUCUCAACCUUUUGAGUGUCACAUCCUAAAAGCAUUCAUCUUUAGAAAAACCGAGCUGCAAACCUUUUUUCAGGUUAGCAGAUUAAUUUACUGAGGCUCUUGGUCAGUUAAACCUUCACACGUGUCCUCAUUUCGUCCCAGCCUGCUCUCAUUGCAUACUGGUAAACGACAUAUUUAGUACCUAUCGUGUAUCAGUUUAUUUCUCUUGAUGAAUAAGACAUUUCUCCAAACCCACAUGUAAUUUAACCAUAAAUUAUUUUCUAAAGAUUUGAUAUUGCAGCCCAUUUUUAUUGAUUGUGGUUCUGAUCCCCCCAUGAGCCAGUUGUCUCUUAUAAAUUGAAUGGAAAAACUAGUUGGGUUAAAAGAAAAAGCAAAAGUACCAAAAAAAUUGCAGAGGGUCAAAAUUACCAGUAGCCAUUUACUAAACCGGAUUUGUUGAGAAAAAGGCGAUAUUUUAGAAGAUGCGUUUCAUUUCAGUGUGAAGGAAGUCCCUGACAGAAAGCUUCUUCAGGCUGCUGCAUGCUUUUGUUCGGCUCUACAGAGUUCUUUGUGUUGCAUUUAUUCCUGUGAACAUGUGUUUGAAAACAUUCCCAUGUAAACUAAUAUUCUGAAGAGUUAAAAUGAAUAAUUAAAGAACAAAAGUUGG